CGGGGAUGACGCGUCUCCUCCGUCGGACUUGACGUCGGACCGUCGAAGUCUUCAGCCUCGUCUUCGGCCUCGACGUCUAUCGCAGGGCCUAAUCGUCGACGGAAUCGCUCCGACGAAUCGGUGUGCGCCAAAUUAACAACGUUCCGAGUGAACCAUGAACGGUUCAGCGCCCGUCGACGCGACGGAGGAGCAACUGCAUCAUAAACAUCAGCAACAACAAAAUGAAACCCACUCGGAACAUCCCCGAAGUCCCGUGAGCCCCAUAAGUAUCCGUCACGACUCCGGAGAGAGCAGCGUCAUCUCCCCGGGACUACCGGAGCGUUACAGUCCGAUCGGUGCACCAGGACCAACAUCCAAUCAUGAUCCUUAUGCAUCGAGAUCGGUGCAAGAGUGUCCGGUACCUCUUUGUCGCGGACUACCGACAGAUUUCCCCCUCGCGAGAUCGCCAUACCUCACCGCUCUCGGGAACGGUCAUCCUCAUCUCCUGGGACAGGUCCCGCAGCAACAGCAGCAACAGCCGCAGCCUCCGCAGCAGCAACAGCCCCAACACGGCAGCAAGUCCCCCCGAAGUCUCGGACUAAUUUGCGUAGUCUGCGGCGACACCAGCUCGGGAAAGCACUACGGGAUCUUGGCAUGCAACGGCUGCAGCGGCUUCUUCAAAAGAAGCGUCCGCCGGAAGCUGAUUUACAGGUGUCAAGCGGGCGACGGUAGAUGCGUCGUCGACAAGGCCCAUCGAAACCAGUGCCAAGCGUGUCGUCUGAGGAAAUGCAUGCAGAAGGGCAUGAACAAAGACGCGGUGCAGAAUGAACGCCAACCCAGGAACACGGCGACCAUAAGACCGGAAGCUCUCGUCGAGAUGGACCAGGAAAGGGCGCUUCGCGAGGCCGCAGUGGCCGUUGGGGUCUUCGGCCCGCCCGUUUCUCUGGCGAUGGCAAGAUACACCACGCCGUUGCCGUUGCCAUCCGUCGCUCCGACGCCCAACUCGGCUUCCGCGGCGACGCCACCCCGUCAAGACGUCGACGAUGGGAACGCGUCCGAAGACAGCAUAGACGUGACCAACGAGGAACCGUUGACCCCCCAAAGAAGCGGAUGCAACCAAUUGCCGCCGGUCCUUCCGUCUUUGUAUUCCCCGGCCAGUGCCGAGACGGUGUACGAGACAAGUGCGCGAUUGCUCUUCAUGGCAGUGAAAUGGGCGAAGAAUCUGCCCUCUUUCGCCAGCCUGCCCUUCCGGGACCAGGUCAUCUUGCUGGAGGAGGCAUGGUCCGAGCUGUUCCUCCUGAACGCGGUGCAAUGGUGCUUCCCUUUGGAAUCAUCGCCACUUUUCAGCGCCGCCGAGCUGACCGCGCUCACCCUCUCCCCGCAGCAGCAUCCGCACCCUGGGAUGCACCACCCCGUGGUCGGGAAACCGAAUCAGGUGGCUGCUGACGUCAGGCACCUUCACGACACUCUUCAGAGAUACAAAGCCGUCAUGGUCGACCCCGCAGAGUUCGCCUGCAUGAAGGCCAUCGUGCUCUUCCGGCCUGAAACACGCGGACUGAAGGACUCCAGUCAGAUAGAGAACCUGCAGGACCAGGCCCAGGUGAUGCUGGGACAGCACGCGAGGACGCAGCAUCCUGGCAGCCCUGCCAGAUUCGGCCGACUGUUGCUGUUGCUUCCGUUGCUGAGAACCGUGCCCGCGUCAAGGGUGGAGUUGAUCUAUUUUCACAGGACUAUCGGCAACGCUCCUAUGGAAAAGGUUCUAUGCGACAUGUACAAGAAUUAA